CUGCAAGGCACACCAAUAGGUAGAGAUUCUAUAGUGAUAGUUGCUGUCACAGCGCCUUUUGAACCUUCUGCAGUACCUGUACGAAGUAUACCACAUCCAUUUCGUGCAUUUUACACCAAGCCGAAGUGGCGCUUCCGGAAAGGAAGGCCGUCUACCCCACUGGCAACAGUGAACGAUCCAUGCGCGGUGUAUUGUUUGCCCUCCCCCGAACCAAAGAGCAGACCAUGUGAACACCACCGGUACGCUUCCAUACUUCUUGCCACAAAGCCUUACCUCCUGCUGGCAAUCGCUCCCCUGUACACAUCACCAUCAUCAUGGCCGACCCUUUCGAAGUGCGCAUGCGCUUCACCAACCUCCUCACCCACCUCUCUGCGUCCGCCACAGCCUCGAUCAAAACCGCGCACUAUGCCCUCAAACACCGGGACAUGGACGAAGACCUCCACUCGUGCAUUCUCGAAAACCUCGAGCGAGGAAACACAAACAUGAACAACCGCGCCAACAUCAUGUACUUCUUGGAACACCACGCGGACAUCAACAUGAAGGAAGGAGGCCACGAGGCCUACGUGGAGAUGGUCAAGAGGGACAUUGCGAGGAUCGUGGACGCGGUUGCGCAGAGCGGUGCCAACGUUAAAGUCGUGAGGCGAGUCGUUACGGGGCUGGGCGAGAAAGGCGUCCUCACGCCCCAGGUGAUCGGCACAAUCGAGAGCGGGUUGAAGGACAAGGAGGAGAAGCUGGGGAAACUGCUGGGAGACGAAGAUGGCGAGCCAGAAGCGUCGGCCGACAAGGAUGCCAUGGACCUCACCGCGGCGGAAGGAGGCGCGGGGGAUGGUGCUCAGAAACCGACGCCGCGGACCGGAGCAGAGCGGUCGGGGAAGCCAAACGGCGUAUCGAAGAUGGAUAAGCGGGCGAUCGAGCAGAGGAUAGAAGAGGACAGAGAGCGGAACAAACGACUACGGGAAAGCGUCUGGGCGGUCACGGGCGACGACGAUCAGGAAUUAGACAAAAUGUGGGAGGAGGGUGCUUUGCUGGGUGAAGACGAACAUGUCAUCGCCGAUGAAGAGGCGGAAGAACGUCUUCAAUUCGUCUGUUAUCAUCGAGCUCUCGCUACUUGAAAUCUACCAGCCACGGACAAGGCGCUCUGUGAAGCCAUGCGAUGGUUAUCCUAAUCCUCCAACUCUGGCCCAGAAGCCUCGGACUCGGAUCCCGCCACCGAAUACGGACGAAAGGUCGCUGUUGAAACACGGCGGCGGUUUCUGAAAACGGCAACCAUGAACCGUAUGAACUGUUCGAAUGAGCGCAAUCAACAAGCGCAGAGAAUGGCGAGAGAAUGGCCUUAAACUUUUGGCCUCUUAGGCCUGGAGGCUUCACUGUUCGACGACUCCUCAUCCUCAUCAUCCUCAACAACCCUUCUUUUGCGCACGACGCUGGAUGACUCUCCGUUUCCAUGCUGAUCUGCUUCUUUCUCUUUUCGCAGCGCAUACGACAAGAUGAGGCCUUCAUAUUCAUCCUCCUGUGCACGAGCACUAUCCUCAAUUUGAGGCAGUCGCUCUUCGAACGGGAUCUGACUGAGCAAAUCCUUAUUCUUCUUGAUGAUACGCUGUUUCAGUAACAGUCGCCACCAAUAAUAGGCGCGGUCGUCUGGAUUGGGAGCUUUGGCACCCCUAACCAUAAGGCUGGUAAGGGACGCUCCACCAGCCGAACGACGCGAAUAUGGGAUCUGGGCCAGAAGAUACAUUUCCACCAUCCUGGCAAACUGACGCCCUGCGAUCUUGUUCUUGGACCGGAUCGCUUGAAGCUCAUCAAGGGGGAGCAGUUUCGCAGUGGGUAUGCGUUUCAAACGUCCCCGUUCCAUACUGGCAAAAGGCGACGUGUCUAUCUUGAGAUUGAUUGCUUUGAACUGUGGUUCUAGAAUGUCGAAGUCAUUCAUGUCACGUAAUUUGUCGAAUUCCUCGCUCGGAUCCUCAACUGUUAGUUCCAACACCGUCGGAUCGGCCAUAACCUCAUCGUAUAUUGCCUGGUAAAGAGCCGAACCAUGGCCCGAGCUUUGAAAAGGUGGUGUGAUCAAGAAUUGCG